AUGGCCAUUGCCGCGGAGGCUUUUCCCGACCUGAGUAGGGACAACACGCACCAGUGGGCUCUGAAGGCUGAUAGGCUGGAGAUGGAGCACCCUGAGGUGAGUGAAAGGGCGGGGAGGGCAGACAUGCCAAUGCAAGGCAGCUCACGCCUUGCGCACUUGCACCGCCACACCAAUGGAGCUUGGUGCGUGUGUUCCGGACCGGUGGCUUUGUGUGUGUGUUUCUCUGCAGGAGUUCGAGAGGUGGAGGGAUGGCCUGUCCAUGGACGAGUUGGAAACGGCGGCGCGGGGCAUGUGGGCGGUGAGUCUGCGACACACACGUUACCGUCCACGUACCACACCAUACAGCUCCGUCUGCACAAACACACAUGUGGGUCUCAUCUCUGUGCUGUGCUGUGUGCUGGGCAGAUGAUGGAGCAGCUCGAAGCCCGAGAGGCCAACGAGGCCGCCAGCACCACCGGCCAGGCCCCGCCAGUUCCGGCCAACCCACCCAUCACCUACUCCCCCACCCUACCCGCCUCACAGCACCACUACUACCACUACACGCGCCCCUUCCCUCCCGCCCCCCCGAAGCUCCAGUUCCAGCCGUUCAUGGCCACCCAGGUCGAGUUGACCGGCCUCGCUGGAGUGGAGGGGGAGGCGGAGGAGGGGUGGUACGAGGACGACGUCAACGGCAUGAUGCUGUGGGAGCGCGGGGAGGGCAACACCUGGUGGGUGAGGUCGGCGCGGCAGGACUGGUGGAUGAGAAUGGUGUGGGGGGUCUAUUCUAUCUGGUGGGGCGCCCCCGAGCGCUCCCACUGACUUUUUCUCUGAUGUGCGUCGGUCGCCCGUGUACAGUAGUGUUUUGUUUGGCGGCCGACACCUUUUCUUUUUCGACGCGUACUCUUUUUGGUGGUGUCCCUCUCUUUCUUUCUUCGAAUGAGACGUCUACCCCUGCCUGCCUGCCUGCGUUUCUGUCUGUCUGUCUGUCUGUCCUGUGGGGGUACCUUGCGAGGCAGGAGGGGGGCAAGGAGGACCACCUGCCACUGGCGUACCCCUUCACGUCGCCCGUGCUCGACGAGUGGAUCGAGGGCUACUUCGCCGCCAACAUCACAGAGGGGAGGAGCCCUCUGCUCGGGGGUCUGCCGCCUCGUCGACUGCCUCGGCUGGAGGAAGAGGAGCCCACAUCGUUUUCUGCGUCGGAUGGAAGGCUGCGGCUGAUCCGGGGGAGCUACUAUCUGCUGUGGGUGCGGCUGUGGGGGAUCGAUCGAGAGGGGGAGGGGGUGAAACUGUACGUGCCGCAGAACUAUCACUUUGACUACGACCUUACUGUGGGCCAUCCACUGGAGGUCUUGCUGCCGCUCCCAACAAGGCGUGGCUGUUGGUGCAUGCCUUCGGCAAUGAGGAGCUCUGUCGCCUCGUCGGCCUCCCGUCCACCAUACACAGCCUCGAUGACCAGCACUUGGAAGCCCACCGCCCGACGCCGUCGGGCGAUCGUGACCCCGACCACCAUCAACAGGAAUCGGCCGUCCGCCUCUGACGUGGACAUAGACCAUCUGAGAGAGUGGGGGUUCAACGUGGUGCGCCUCGGCCUUAUGUGGCCCAGCCGGGUUCAACAUACUUUGGGGUCAUUGAGAGCAUAGUGGACAGGCUGUCGAGCAGAGGUCAGUCAGUCAGCCACGAGUGACGCAAACCGCCACGCCUGUUGCCUGUCCAUUGGUUGGUUGAUUGGUUGCAGGCAUCUACACGAUCCUCGAUCUGCGCCAGGACCUGUUCAGCGAGCCCUUCUGCGGCGAGGGCAUUCCGUCCUUCUGGGUGGAGGAGUUCGACCCCCACGGCGUCUACACCAACAUGAACGACUUCCCCGCUCCCAUCCUGCCGCCAUGCCACCAGCGAGGAUUUCCCGUCCACCAGCGACUGCGACAACGCGUUCUUCGUCGAGUACUACCUCAGCCAGCAUGUCAGCAAGAGCUUCCAGGCCCUCUACGACGACGUGGCGGGGGCGCAGACGGCCCUGUCAACAUGUGGCGGUACGCGGCCGGCAGGUUCCAGGACAACCCUCAUGUGUUGGGGUAUGAGCUUAUGAACGAGCCGUGGACAGGCCCCACACUACUGAGCCGUGCAGGUCAGUGA